CCACUGGCCGGACAUACGUUUGUCAAAGGCGUCGCGGCUUUGGAUUUGCUUGGUCGCCGUGCAAGUCUUCGUCGUGCUCUACAUUGUGCUGGGACUCAGGGCCGCUGUCAGAGCCCAGAAUCCCAUGGCGUCGCUGACCCAAGCGCCGCUCUCACGCUACACGGCUGACUGGAAUUCCCUGGACUUGCGCCCGCUUCCCGCCUGGUACGACGAAGCUAAGGUGGGUGUGUUCGUGCACUGGGGCGUCUACUCUGUGCCCGCCUUCUACUCGGAGUGGUUCUGGUGGCACUGGCAAAUGAACCGCACCGACGCCGUCGUAGACUUCAUGGCCCAGAACUACCGGUCGGACUUCACGUACGCGGAGUUCGCACCCAACUUCAGGGCGGAGUUCUUCGACCCGCACCACUGGGCGCACCUGUUUAAGAAGGCCGGGGCACGCUAUGUGGUGCUGACCAGCAAGCACCACGAGGGUUACACGCUGUGGCCCUCCAACGUCUCGUGGAACUGGAACGCCAGAGACGUGGGUCCCCGGCGAGACCUAGUGGGAGAGCUGGCCCGCGCCGUGCGCGAGGCGGGCGGCAUGCGGUUCGGCCUCUACUACUCUCUCUACGAGUGGUUCAAUCCGUUCUACCAGCGAGACAAGGACGCCGGCUGGACGACCGACGAUUAUGUCAGGGCCAAGGUCACGCCCGAGCUCAGGGACAUCGUGGAGACGUACCGGCCGGACGUGAUUUGGUCCGACGGCGACUGGGAGGCACCGGACACCUACUGGAACAGUACGCACUUCCUCGCCUGGCUUUACAACGACAGUCCCGUCCGAAACAGCGUAGUCGUCAACGACCGCUGGGGCGUCAACACCAGCUGCCGACACGGAGACGUCUACGCCUGCCAUGAUCACUACAAUCCGGGAAAGCUGGUACCCCACAAGUGGGAAAACGCCAUGCCACUGGACAAGGGCGAUCUGAACACCGGUGGUACCUGGGGUUACCGCCGGAACGUUCGCGUGUCCCAGUACCUCACCAUCGAGGAGCUCAUCUACGAGCUGGUGUCCACGGUCAGCUGCAACGGCAAUCUGCUCUUCAACAUCGGCCCCGCCAGCGACGGCACCAUCUCGGCCGCGUUCGAAGAGCGCCUCACGCAGCUCGGCGCGUGGCUCGACGUGAACGGCGAAGCCGUGUACGGUUCACGACCCUGGAAGCACCAGAAGGACCCGCUGGCGUCCCACGUCUGGUACACGUCCAAGCACGGGGUCCAGGCAUCCGCCGGGUCCACCGUCUACGCCUUCGUACUAAAGUGGCCCACAGGGAGCAACCUCACGCUCGGCGCGCUGGAGUUGAUAGACGCAGCUAACAUCACCAUGCUCGGAGUUCCAAACCUCCGGCUCUCCAGCGUCGUGCAGAAGACCAGCGGCGGGGCACGCGCCGCGUUGGUGGUCACGCUGCCCCGUCUAACGCCGGACAUCUUGCCGACACCGUGGGCUUGGGUGCUCAAGAUAGAAGGAGCAGCGUGAAAUGUUUCGCCCGGUUGGCGACUGGCCUGCUUGUAUAUACGCAGUGUCCAGGCGCGUGUCGGUGCAUCAAAUGAAGAA